CCGCAACAUUGAUGACAACUCUUGGUGAGAACUCUCGAUGAGACGAACUAUCAAUCUCACGCUUUACGCCGUACAACUCAUGACAAUUUGCAGUCGAUGAGCCCAGACAAAUCGUACAAGCCCCCGUCUUCAUCGCCGUGACCAGGCUGAGCGUAAAUCCUGGUGUGCUUUGUUUUGCUGUGUUUCCUCUGCUUUCGACUUUCUACCAGUGUUCAUUAUGGACUGGAUAAUGGAUCUUGAUGGCGAUAGUCCAGUCCUCCAAUUCAUUGGCAAAUACGCCUACAAGAUCUAUGCCGAGCGCGAUACGAUCAAGAUGCACAUCCAUCUCAUCCUCGCCGCUCUGUUCCCCAUCUACAUUGGCUCUCACGCCUCCCUUCGACGUCCACCCUCUGCUGCUUUACCAGAACAGUCAAAAUCCGAAGACGACGACGACGACGAUGAGAUCGAAGUGGAACCCACAGUCGAAGGCCUCAGACCCUCAGACGCCAUUAUGUUUCCUGCACUCGCAGGCUGCACUUUAGGUGGGCUCUACCUGCUCAUCAAAUGGCUCAAUGACCCUGCUCUUCUCAACAAGGUCCUUGGGUACUAUUUCUCCCUGAUUGGCGUCUUUGGGGUAGGCAAGCUGGCAGCAGAUUGUUUGAACGUGGCCACGACUUUCGUCUUCCCGUCCGUUUGGUCGUCACGUGGUACAGUAUAUCACAUUGAUCCUCUGCUCUCCCAGCAAGUUACUGGACAAGUGAAGCAGGCGAGAGUGCAACUCCACCGCAGCUUUACAGACAAGAGUAACCCUUUCCCGGGCUUCCUUUCUUCAAUCCAAUUUCCGGAGUCUGUGAAGAAACAGCUCUGGGCUCUGAGAGCACUGUUAAAGAAGCAUUGGAUUUUCAGGGGCUAUCUUCACGGAGCCUUCAACUACAAGACAAAACUUCAGAUCAACGAUGUAAUGGGUUUUAUCCUAGGCAUUGUCGCCAUCGUUCUUUAUAAUACUAGCGGGAAAGCUUGGUGGCUCACCAACAUCAUCAGUUUUGGCUUCUGCUAUGGUACAUUGCAACUUCUAUCCCCUAUCACAUUUUGGACGGGCUCCAUGGUUCUGGUUGGGCUUUUUAUCUACGACAUUGUAAUGGUGUUCUAUACGCCUCUCAUGCUUACCGUCGCCACCUCCCUCGACGUCCCUAUCAAGCUCGUCUUCCCAGGCCCGAAACGGAUAUCUAUGCUUGGUCUAGGAGACGUGGUGAUACCAGGUAUCAUGAUGGCCUUAGCGCUCCGGUUUGAUCUCUACCUCCACUAUCUAUCCAAGCAAACCAAACCCGCCUCUGGUGACUCCUCAUCCACCAUAAAAGCCACCUACCUCGAAGCCUUCGGGAAAUGGGGUGAGCGGUUCUGGACCUCAGGCGCCAAGAACGCAGUAGAAGAGACUGUCGCCGAUGGGUCUCGAUUUCCGAAAGUCUACUUCAAAGCCUCGCUAGUAGGCUACACGCUCGGAAUGCUCGCCAGUCUGAUCGUGCUGCACGUCUUCAAGCAUGCACAACCCGCGCUCUUGUACCUGGUCCCGGGGGUCUUGAUCUCGUUAUGGGGCACUGCGCUGGUGAGGCGCGAACUAGGAUUGAUGUGGGGAUAUACGGAGGAGGGGAGUUUAGACGAUGACGAGGAGGGGCCUGAUGGGAAGAAACGGCGGGAGAAAGGCGGAGGCAGUGCUUCUAAUGAGAAUGCGGACGCGGUCACUCCCACUACGACGAAGGAAAAAGACCAGACCAAAGAGAGAGCUAGCAAGGAGAGGAAGGCCGAGGAAGAACAUUCUCAACAUGUCUUCUUAUUCUCGCUAUCCACGCCGAAGAGAAAGACACGACUGCCCAAGCUGGCGAAAAUCUCACAGCAAUCUUGAGAAUAAGACAACGGGGUGCGUGGAUGAUGUCCUACGAUGAGGCUGAACUUGCAUUUGGUUGUACGACUACUACAUUUAGGCAAAAAAGAACUCCUGAAAAUUGUAAUAAAUACCAAC